AACAUCAUGGCAAUGUCAAAUAUAUUUCGGACAAUGUGAGAAAGUUAACCUAAAAUUAAAGUUUGGAUGCUGUUCUUAUUAUUGCCUUCAACAUUUCGUACAAAAACAAAUUAAUUCGAUUGAAGUGAAGUAAAUUUUAACAUCAUGGGUUCUGACAGGGUUGCUCAUCGUGCUGGAGUAUUAAAACAAAAGAAUAAGGCACACAAAACGGGUCGACAUCGGUCGAAAGGAGUCAUUGACAAUGAUCAAAAGGGCAAAGUGUCAGUGAAGACAAUAACCAAGCGACACAAACAAUUGGUGCGCAAGGAUCAACGACGGAAUCAGGCACAGCAGAUUCGCAAAAAUAAGCGUGAUGAAGUUCUGGCCAAGAAACGUUCCCUCGGUGGUAACAACACUGCCCCGUUUUUAGUUUGUAUUUUGCCGCUGAACGAGCAGGUUGAUCCACGUUCAGCUCUCUCUAUUCUGGAGAAUUGUGAUCCUACAGUCGUUGUUGCCCGUAGCCCAUCUGGAGUCACUCACAUAACCAUACCGAGAUUUAAGCAACGAUUUUCAUUCAUAAUACCACCAGUCGGCCGUGGUCAUGAAUUCACUGCACUCGAUUGCUUGAAGGUGUGCGACACAACAAUGCUUCUGGUCUCAGCUAAUGGAAACGAGGACGAUUUAUUCGAUAAAUGGGGCAAACGAGUGCUGAACAUGGCAAUUGCACAAGGUAUACCAACGCCCAUUGUAUCGCUCAUGGAUCUGGAAUCCAUUGCACCGAAACGCAAGCAACAAGUGAAGACCAAUAUUCAAAAGUUCAUUUCCAAGUCGUUUCCCAACGAAAAACUUAUGUGUCUGGACACAAAUGGGGACGCAUUGAAUCACUUCAGGAGAAUCGGUGGACAAAAGAAAAAUACUUUGCAUAACAAGGCCAAUCGGCCACAUCUCUAUGCUGAGUCAGUCAAUUUUGUGGCAAAUGAAACAGAUCAGACGACUGGUACGUUAGAGGUGACUGGUUUUCUGCGAGGUGUCCCAUUGAACGUAAACAAUUUGGUUCAUAUUCCCGGUCUUGGUGAUUUUCAAAUGAGUCGUAUCGAUGCUCCGGUAGAUAUAUACAGAAUGGAGAAAAGUCGCGACGAUGCACCGAUGGACAAUGAAAUCAGAAUUCUUGCAAAAGCAGACCCAUCUCAACAAGUCUCAUUACAAAGGGAAAAUAUUCCCGAUGCUAUGGAUGCCGAACAGACGUUUCCGACAGAUGAAGAGAUAGCAAUGGCCCGUGAAGAGACCAAAAAAUCGAAAUUAAUCAAACGCGUACCGAAAGGUAUGAGUGAUUAUCAGGCCUGUUGGAUACCCGAUAUCGAGGAAGUCGAUAAUUCGGAUGGCGAUGAUGAUGGUGACGAUGACGAUGAAAUGGAAUCGGACAACGAUGACAACGAUGAAAAUUUCAUGUCAUGCGAAUCUGAGCCUGAUUCAGAUGAUGAAUUUGAGAAAAAUGAUGCUGACGAGGAAUUUGAUACCGUUACCGUGUCAGAAGCACCCGUCAACGAUGAUAAGUACGAUUUGGAUAUGGAUUUGCAAGAGGAACGUGAGACAUGGGACAAAAUCAAAGAGGCUCGAGUCGAUCAGCAAUGGCCCGAUGAAAUUGACACACCGUUGGACAUACCUGCUCGUACGAGAUUUCAACGUUACCGCGGCCUCGAAUCAUUUCGCACGUCGCCAUGGGAUGUAAAGGAAAACCUUCCCAUUGAUUAUGCAAGGAUCUAUCAAUUCAAGAAUUUUGAUCGCAUCAAGCGACGGUUAAUCAAAGAAGCAGUUGAAAUCGAUGGCGCCGAGGCCGGAUGGUACAUCACCGUUCACGUUGCUAAUGUGUCGCAAGCAUUGUGGCGAUCGUGGUUGACUGCCCAAUCAGAUAAGCAUUUCAUUCUCUACGGAUUAUUGCCACACGAACAUAAAAUGUGUGUUGUAAAUGCUGUCCUGAAACGGUCACCCGACUCGACGAUUCCUAUUAAGUCCAAGGAAAAGUUGAUCGUUCAGUGUGGUUUCCGACGAUUUAUUGUCAAUCCGAUAUUUAGUGCGCAUACCAAUGGUGACAAGCACAAAUACGAACGCUUCUUCCGUGCAAAUGAAACAGUCGUCGCCACAUUUUAUGCGCCAAUACAGUUUCCACCAUCGCCUGUUCUCUGCUUCCAAGAGCAGCCAGACACUACGCUAAAAUUGGUUGCAAAUGGUGUGUUGAUGUCUUGCAAUCCAGAUCGUGUUGUAUUAAAACGAAUCGUUCUGAGUGGUCAUCCAUUUAAGAUCAAUCGUAAAACGGCUACCAUCAGAUACAUGUUCUUCAACAAAGAAGACGUGGAAUACUUCAAGCCCAUCAAACUACGAACGCGGUGCGGUCGUUUGGGGCAUAUCAAGGAAUCUUUAGGAACCCACGGUCACAUGAAAUGCGUAUUCGACGGACAACUGAAGUCGUUCGAUUCGGUGUUCCUGUAUUUGUACAAAAGAGUAUUUCCAAAAUGGCAAUAUGAGGACUGCAUUGUGACUUGUUCCAUAGAUGAUGGCAACGAUGCAGUUAUGGCUUAAAUUGUGGAAUUUUUUAUGCUUUUCCAUUGUUACAAUUAAAGAUUUUACUUU